AUGAAUCCGGCGGAGCAGACGGUUACUUGGCUUAUCACGCUCGGCGUUUUGGAGUCUCCGAAAAAGAGCGUGUCGGACCCGGGUGCGUUUCUGCAGGGCGCGCUGAGGGACGGAGUGGUGCUGUGCAGACUGAUCGAGCGCCUGCGCCCCGGUACCACCGACCAAGUGUAUCAGGAGCCUAACAGUGACUGCGAGUGUCUCUACAAUAUAAAGGAGUUCCUAAAAGCUUGUGCGGUGUUUCGGGUUGAGCCAUUUGAGCCAAAUGACCUGUUUCAAGGCCAGAACUUCAGCAAAGUCCUCACCACAUUAGUAGCGCUCAACAAAGUUACUGCAGACAUUGGCAUCGACAGCGACUCUGUAUGUACACGCUACUCUACCGCUCACCGUAUCAAGUCCUUUGAAUCUCUGGUUUCACAGACAUCAGUGAGCCGAUCGUCCAAACUGCUUCACAAUCAGUUCCGAAGCUUGGAUAUGACAGAGAACAGUAACUCUCAGUUGGUGGUGAAAGCUCGCUUCAACUUCCAGCAGAACAAUGAGGAUGAGCUCUCCUUCACCAAGGGUGACAUCAUCACUGUAACCCGCACCGAUGAUGGGGGAUGGUGGGAGGGUUCCCUCAACGGAAAAAACGGCUGGUUUCCAAGCAACUACGUCAGAGAGGUCAAAGCUUGUGACAAACAGGUCUCCCCCAAAUCUGGAACACUUAAAAGCCCCCCAAAAGGCUUUGACACCACUGCGAUUAGUAAAACCUACUACAACCUGGUCUUACAGAACAUUUUAGAGAAGGAAACAGAAUAUUCAAAAGAGCUUCAGAAUCUUCUAACCAACUACCUAAGACCACUCCAGAACACAGACAAGCUGAGCCCUGCAGAUACAGCGGUCAUCAUUGGGAACCUGGAGGAAAUUAGUACCUUUCAACAAACCCUUGUCCAGUCACUAGAGGAAUGCACCAAACUUCCUGAGCUUCAGCAAAAAAUAGGAGGCUUUUUCCUGAACCUAAUGCCUAAACUGAGAGCUCUUUAUACAGGUUACUGCUCCAACCAUCCAUCAGCUAUCAACGUUCUCACUGAUCACAGUGAGGAGCUAGGGGUUUUUAUGGAGAGUAGAGGAGCAAGUUUCCCAGGCAUCCUUAUUCUGACCACAGGCCUUAGCAAACCGUUCAUGAGACUGGACAAAUAUCCCACUUUACUACAAGAGCUAGAGAGACACAUGGAGGAAGGCCACUCAGAUCGAACUGAAAUUCAGAAGUGCAUGAAUGCAUUCAAAAAUCUUUCUGCCCAGUGUCAGGAGGUGCGGAAGCGGAAGGAGCUGGAGCUGCAAAUACUCACUGAGACCAUUCAGCUGUGGGAGGGUGAGGACAUUAAGACUCUGGGCUCUGUGAUCUACAUGAGCCAAGCUAUGGUGCAAAACCAUGGUUGUGAGGAAAGUAAUGAACGUUACCUCUUGCUCUUCCCCCAUAUUCUACUUCUCCUCUCGGCCAGCCCAAGGAUGAGUGGCUUUAUCUACCAGACCAAGCUUCCUUUGAACGGCAUGACAGUGACUCCAUUAGAGGAUUGUGAGAGCCACAAGAAUGCUUUUGAACUCUCUGGCUGCAUGUUUGAGAGGUUGCAGGUCGUCUGCUUUAAUAAGCAGGAUCAACAGGAUUGGUUAGAGCAUCUAAAUCGGCAGACCAAACACACCACCAUGACUGCCCCCAGCAUGAAGCCACUCACAGUGCCCUGCCACACGCUGCCAUCUCACCCUCUAACACCGUCCAGACACGCAGAGAGCCGAGGCCUAACUGUAGCUCCUGCCUACCACACGCUCCCUCAUUCCUCUUCCCAUGGAACUCCACACAGCUCUGUGAUGUGGGGCCCUCUGGAGCCUCCUAAAACUCAGAAGCCUUGGAGCUUGAGCUGCCUGAGACCUGCACCCCCACUUAGACCAUCAGCUGCUCUCUGCUACAAAGAGGAUCUCAGUAAAAGCCCCAAGAGUAUGAAGAAGCUGCUGCCCAAACGAAAGCCUGAGAGGAAGCCGUCUGAGGAAGAGUUUGCUUUACGGAAAAGUACUGUAGCUCUGGAGGAGGAUGCUCAGAUUCUGAAAGUGAUUGAGGCCUACUGUACCAGUGCCAAAACCAGACAGACUCUUAAUUCAACAUGGCAGGGCACUGAUCUGAUGCAUAAUCACGUGCUAGAUCAGUCGAGCAUGGAGAGCAUGGGCCGGCGCAGCAGCAUCUCACGACCGGAGGGAAGCUCUGACCUGUCAGAGGACUCUGAUUAUGAUAGUAUAUGGACGGCGCACUCUUACAGGAUGGGACCUGUUUCCCGACAGGGGAGAGAUUCUGUUCCCGCCCUUAUACUUCCUGCAGAAGAGACGAUGAUCGUGGAGGAGAUGAAAAGUAAUGGACAGACUGUAAUAGAGGAGAAGACUUUAGUAGAUGUGUUAUAUUCUCUCAGAGAUCAGGUCCAAGAACUUAAACAGGACAAUAAGAAAAUGAAACGAUCUCUGGAAGAUGUACAGACAGCUCGCAAAGAUCUAGAGAAAAUUGUUCGAAAAGUUCUAAAGACUACAAAUCAAGACCCAUCUUGGGAUGAAACCAAUAUAUGAGGUAAUUGGAAGCAUCUUACGUGUUUUGUGGGGCUUGAUCAUUUAACUUUGUAUGUUGCCAGUAUAAAAGUGAUACCUGUGCUUUAUACCAAUGUGCCUUCAAACUACCAACAUUUUUAUUUAUUUUUUAUUAAAGACUAACAAUCCCAAAAGCAAAAUGAGUCACUUGCACCAUCUUUAUAUUGCUACAAUAAAGUUAUUUUAGUGUUUUAGCUGCCCACCGCAAUAUAAAAUGGUUAUUUUUGGUUUGGAUUUUACAUCUUUCUGUCCCCAGCUCUGGUGCAGGAUUUAUUUUAUUACUUGGUAUGUCAUUACAAACAACAAGCAGUUCUGUACAGAAACAUGUAAUUUGUGAAUAAUAAAACUACAGCGUUUUGUGUGUGUAUUUGCAAACUAAAGUGACCUAAAGGUCUGAUAAUAAUGAGUAAUCCCAUUUAAAUAUUAGUCUAACAGACAAGUCAGCAUUAUAGAAGACAUGGUGUCAAAACAAAUUUUUAAACAUGGUAAUAGUUCCUAUUUUUUACAUGGUUGUCAAACAUAAUUUAGAAAAAAAAAAAACUAAAAACGCACACUGCUUUGUAAAAAAUUAUAUUUGUCAUUGCACAUACACUUACUGACUACAUCUAAUGUAACAACUAUUGUUGACUGAGAAGAAUUACCACACAUCUUUCAAAGUAUUUAUUGACACU